GUUUGUCGUUACUAGAGACCAGACGUAGUAUUACGUUCUGCUCGUAUUUAAUUCAUAGUGUAUAUAUUAAUUGUUUGCUGGUAUUUUAAUUCUAUUAUAAUAAAAUAACCUCAUAUUAAUUUACUUCGAAAUAUUAUUCAAAGCAUAAAAUAUUUUAUAAAUAUGGCUUCAAGAGUUCCAAGAGUGAGAUUCAACAAUAAUCUGGAGUGCCCUAUACUUGGUCUUGGUACGUGGAAGUCGAAACCAGGUGAGGUGACGCAAGCUGUGAGCGACGCCAUAGACAUAGGUUAUCGGCACUUGGACUGCGCCUUUGUCUAUGGUAAUGAGAAGGAGGUCGGCGCGGCCAUUACAGAGAAAAUUAAGAGCGGCGUUGUGAAGCGGGAGGAGCUAUUCAUCACAUCCAAGUUAUGGAACACCUUCCACCGUCCAGACCUGGUGCGGGGCGCCCUUAAUGCAACCCUGGAGAACCUGAACUUGAAAUAUUUGGACCUCUACCUUAUACACUGGCCUCAAGCUUACAAGGAGGAAGCAGGUAGUCUAUUCCCAGCUGACGAAGCAGGAAAGCUUCAGUUCUCCGACGCAGACUACGUGGACACGUGGAAGGAGAUGGAGGGUCUGGUCAGGGACGGCCUGGUGAAGAGCAUCGGAGUCUCAAACUUCAACAAGAGGCAGCUGGAGAGGUUACUCCAAGUGGCAUCCAUCAAACCAGUUACCAAUCAAGUAGAGUGCCACCCGUAUCUGAACCAGAGCCGCCUGAAGGCGUUCUGCGAGGAGCGCGGUAUCACCAUCACGGCGUACUCCCCGCUGGGGUCGCCGGACAGGCCGUGGGCGCAGCCCGGCGAGCCGCUGCUGCUGGAGGACCCCAAGCUCAAGGCCAUCGCCGACAGGAUCGGGAAGACCGUCGCGCAAGUGCUCAUCAGAUACCAAAUAGAGCGCGGGGCGAUCGUCAUACCCAAGUCUGUGACGAAGGCGCGUAUAGCGAGCAACUUUGACGUUUUCGACUUUAAGCUGUCGCAGGAAGACGUAAAUUUGAUUGACAGCUUCGACUGCAACGGACGCCUGGUGCCUAUGACUGCCUCCCUCGGACACAAAGACCACCCCUUCGAGGAAGAUGAAUACUAA